ACCAACCAGGGGGUCCUGCCUGGCCGACACAGCCCGGCCAACAGCCCACCCAUCCCCCAUCCUGCUGGCCAGGGCAACCCAACACCCCCUGCUGGCCUGGGCCACAACCAUCCCAACCAGACCCAGCCUCAGCCCAAAACUGGCCUGGUCCCCAACCACAACCACCCCAACCAGCCCCAUCCCAUCCCUGCCAGUCAUGCUGGCCUGGACCUCCCCAAUUCCAGCCCCAGCCUUCCCAGCCCCAGCCCCAGCCUCAACCUGCACUCCAGCCUUCUCAACCUCCAGCCCCAGCCCCUGCCCCCCAAGUCCCCAGCCAGCCUAGUGCCCCAAGGUGGCCGGUUACCCAAGGCCUUAACCCAGGCAUUAACCCAGGGUCUGGAUGGCCUUUCAGCCCUGGUAAGUCUGGUUGGCCUGGUCAGAACCCAGGCCUUAACCCAGGCGGAUCUGGAUGGCCAUUCAGCCCUGGUCAGGAUCCAGGUAGCCAGUCUGGUUGGCCUGGUCAGAACCCAGGUGGCUUCACACCUGCUCCACAGUGGACUCCAACACCAGCUGGACAUCUGGUGAGAGACAAGGAGUAGGGUCUAGAGAAGCUGUAGUGUAGCUUUAGCGGAGGGACGGAGAGAGAGAGGGAGGGAGGGAGGGAAUUGGCAAAAACAUUGUGUUGGUGUGAAAACAGAGCCAUAUCCUAAAUGUCAGUGUGUUGUGUUGGUGUAUAGAAUGUGCCCCACAACCUGAACCUACAAAGAGGCAUCUACGACAAGAUGAUGAUGACCAUCAUGGGCCAGGUCAAACCAAAUGCUAAGCAGUGAGUUCACACUUUACAAUCAUCUAUAAUGGUUCCUGUUAUUUACUGUGAUUGUUAAUAAGAUCCCUGACUUACCCCUUAGAGGUACACAUUACCAGUAUGUUAUUUGAACACGACUGAUGGAAUAAGUCAAUCUGUAAAGUUGACGGUUCUGAACAUGUCAGCUGCCUUCAGUACAUCACAGUCCUGGAAGAGUGGGCCUAUCCACCUGAUGACUGUGGCUUGUUAUCACUAUCUAAUGUCUUGGCUUGUGCUUUUAUCAAUCUGAUCAAUAAAACUGUUUUAAUUUAUCGUAUCCCCUCCAGGUUCACUGUCAACUUCCUGCGAGGUAAUGACAUCGCCUUCCACCUCAACCCUCGAUUCAGCGACGGGGGCAAGCAGGCAGUGGUGAGGAACACCAAGGUGGGAGAGUGCUGGGGCAAGGAGGAGAGGCACACACGAGGAAGCUUCCCCUUCAUGGCAGGACAGUCCUUCGAGGUCAGUGGGAACUUCCAUUGAGGCAGUGCUACUGUAGCCUGUACUGUACUGACUAACAAAUCAACUGAGUUCCCCUUUCGAUAAUGUUUGCGGCUAAAUUAUACUUUCUUUAAUUCCUCUCGCCCUUUCUCCACCUGUGUUUCAGAUGAAGAUUCUGAUUACGUUUGAGGAGUUUAAGGUGGCUGUAAACGGAGCUCAGCUGUUUGAGUUUAAACACCGCGUCAGAGAACUCAACCAGAUCGAUCGCGUCAACAUCCUCCAUGAUGUCAUCCUCACCUACGUCAACGUAGACACAAUACCA